GUGACCAGUGGGAUCGGAUUCAAUGGCAGAACAUAAUUACCGUUGUAUCUUGGCAUAAAUAAGGUGCGCAAUUUAUAGGUAUGUUUUUUUGCAGGAAUUUUGGAAGCAUAUGUGAUGCGGCAGAUAUAGAAGGCUCUGGAUAGAUUAUGUUUCUGGAUAGAUUAUGUUUCUAAAUGCGCCAGGUGCCUUGCGCAUUUUAGUUGGCGUCACUAACAAUAGUCCACUGGUCCUACUUCUAGCCGAAAACGUUGGAAAGGUCUCACCAUACGCGCUCUGACCGCAGCACAGCACGACUGGUCUUCGCUUUCAGCGCACCUGCACAUCCAACCAUGGAUGGGGACUUUAUGUUAACGAGAGGAUAGUUAAGAACACAAUUAUUAAAAUCCUGCAAAAAUUUCAGUCGAUGACUGCUGUGGUGGUAGCAUAGCAACAACACCCAAGAAUCAGAGAAACAUCAGCAAUCUCACCCACUGCCUUGGAAGCUCAAAACUCUCCGUUAGAAACUCGGCGCGCUGCUCGCUGGAAAGACACUCCCUGGAGAGGAGCGCGAGUACGCCGAAUAAAAGGGAUACGUUUUUCACCCAGAUGGAGGAUGACUUGGAAAAGCUUGAGCCUCGAUGAAAACUACAGCGCCUAGUGACUGUGACUGGUUGUCCUUGCUGAAGAUCGCUAAACCUUUGCCAAAAUGGAAUUACAUGGAAUGAACAGAGUUUCCUUUUACGACAUGAGAUAUCCGCGCCCAGGAAUCUAAACUUUAUUUUAGUGUUUAAGAUGUGGUUGUUUUUGCCUGUCUUCUAUGGAUGAGUGAGUGAGCUGUCCGUCCAUCCGUUGCAUCCCAACCAUGAUCGCCACCGGAGGCCUGCUGCGGAUCAACAGGAGGCAGGACUCACUGCGCUCCAAGAGCCGCGCCGAGAACAAGCGCAAGAGGAAAGCCAAGAAGAAGCAGAAGAACGAGGUGGUGGUGGUCAAGGGCAAGCUGAAUCUAUGCUCCAUCUCGGGGGUAGUGGCGGCCAUUGGGAUUCUGAUCCUACUGGUGGGCAUUUCCAUGGCCAUACUGGGCUACUGGCCUAGGGAGAGCCCACUAUACCCUGAACCGCGCCAUACCCAAAGGAUUUACGACAAGAAGGAAGAGUCAAGGCUGACAGGCAACUGGACAAACAACGCAAAGGUCGGAUUUCACAUGGAUAGGGAUUUGGUCAGUAACAAUCGUUCCAACGGCACAGGUUUAGAGCAGCCCCCUAUGGGCUUCCUGGCCGAGUUCUUGGAUAAUUACCUGUACUCAGACAAGCUGAAGGUGUUCGGGCCCCUCAUCAUGGGCAUUGGCAUCUUUCUGUUCAUCUGCGCCAACGCGGUGCUGCACGAGAACCGCGACAAGAAGACCAAAGUCAUCAACCUGAGGGACAUCUACUCCACAGUCAUCGACAUCCACAGCUUGCGGACUAAGGAGAACACGCCGCUCAAUGGCUUUGUGAAUUAUGUGCAGUCCAAAGGGGUGGAAGGGAACCCUAGUGCUGCGUAUACCGCCGCCCUGCUGGCCAAAGGAACCUGGCCCUCAGGGGGCUCGCCGGAUGAGGGCAGUCGGGGCCCCUCCAGAUGCCACUCCCUGACCAGGUCAAGGGUCUCGUCACUCGAGAGGCAGACGUUCACCGACACAGUCUACACUAUCUCCAGACACAGCGGGGCCGGCCAGCAGAGCAGCCCUAUUCCCAUCCCCAAACAGUGGGAGACCAAGACAAUAGUGGCCUCCUCGGUCAACACCUUCACUCUCCCCAUGACCAAACCCAACCACCGGGCCAACCAGCACCAGCGCAGGCCCUCGGCCAAAGCAGAGGCACGCAGGAGCAGGGCCGCGCUGUGCGACUCUGGGGAAGAAGACGAUGAGGCUCGGGUGGGUUACGUAGUUCCAGAAACCACCACUCAGGCCAAGGUAGAGACUUUGCAGACGGCCAUGUUCUUGCCUCAAGACUCGGUAGAAGUAUACAAGAGCAGUGGUAGCCUCCAGGGGGCGCCGCAGGGCUCCCAGGUGCAGCUACUCCCCUCUUCCCCCACCGGACACAGAGUGACAGGCUCCCACCUGUCCCUCAGCGCACUGACGGAAUACUCCAGGUCCAUCGACCUGGGCAUCACUCCAUCCACCCCCACCGAUUGGAAAGUGGAACGUUCUCGGCGACUCAGCUGCCCUCGCCUAGAAGUACUGGGAGGCAGUGGGUACAUCAAACUGGGCAACCUAGGGGGGGAGUCAUUUGAGUCAAGGGAGUCAUGUGAGAUGACUGCCUUCAGCCAAGUGACCUCAGAGGAGGCUCUGGCUAAGUGUCAGAGGGAAGGAGGAGAAGCCAAUGAACAGGAGAUCAGUUCUGGGGAACCACAGGACAGGGGCUCAAGGCGAUACUCAAACAAAGAUAAACUUUUUAUGAUCUCUCAGUCAGACUCCGUUUUGGAUGAUGAGGAGGUGGAGAGCACAGACAUAUGAUUGGACGAUUGCUGAUUAGAUAAUUGCUGAUUGGUGGAUUACUGAAUGGUGUAAUGAGUUUACUUGAACAAAAUGAACACGGGAUAACUGGCAGGGUGUUGGUCAAAGACACCUGACAACAGGCUCAAGCAAUUAUGACUAUUACAACAAACUGUAUAGGAUCUGAAAUCUAGAGUAUCUUGCUGGUCAUUGCAAAUGCAAUUAUCGAUACGUGACCAAAAAACCGAACAUGGUCUUUGGUGGGCUAUGAAAGUGAAGACUGUGUGUGAGUAGUAUUUUGUCAAGCGUUUGUUUGUGUAGGUCGGAAGCAUCGCGCCCAACAGAAUGAGUUUCACAGCAAAAAGAUAACAUUAACCAAAAAGGGCCCGUUUUUAAAUGGUGACUGUACAGAUACUGUACCAUCCACUUGAUGUAAUAGUUUAUAUAAUGUGUAGAAAUAUAAUUGUGGCUGUUCCACCCACUGUCACUACUGAUACUGUAGUAGUAUAUUGAUUGAGAGUUGCUGUCUCAACAGCAUGUAUUUUAUACUGCAAUGUCCUUACACAGUUUUUGUCAGUUGCCAGAGGAAGGUUUGAAUUCAAACUUGAAUAGCAAUACAUAAUUGACCAUCUCUGUUUGCUUGUGGGUAAUCACAGUGUUGGCAUAUUUGCCAGUCUCUUAAAAUUCUCUGAACAAGACAUGUUAUUGUUUAGUUUUUUAGAACAGUUUUGACUUGCUUGUUAAGGAAUCUAUAUCUUUGCCAUCGCUAUUUCCUGAGGGAAACUGAGAACCACACACUGACUAGCACAAUUCACAGCGCAAUACUUGUAUCUCGGUACAAGUAGCAUAACUACCUUACCACAAGUAACCAUCCAUGUAGAAAACAAAUAUCAAAUCAAUGUUAUCCUGUGCAAAAGCAGCUGGGUUGUUUUUGUAGUUGAUUGUUGUUCAAUGACAAACCUGCAGUAUGUAUUGUAGUCCAAUUGUUGCUGGUUACCAUGGUCAAGUCAAACAUCCCAUGGUCGUCCUAUGGGUCAAUCAGUCUUCAAAUAAACAUACGAAGCUGCCUCAUUAUCUGUAUCAUCUGUAAUUAGUGACCUCCUGACAUUCUGUCAAUCAAGUUAUCAACC